CCCCGCAGCCGCCGCCGCCGCCGCCGCCGCCUCCCCCGAGCCUGCGGGCGGCGCCGAGGACGAAGAGCGCUCGCUGCAGCACAUGCUGUGCGCCAUAGCCGAAGAGCGCAGCCGCCUCAGCCUGCGCCGCGAGGUCUGCGGCCUCGGGUGCUUCAAGGAUGACCGCAUCGUCUUCUGGACAUGGAUGUUUUCCACCUACUUCAUGGAGAAAUGGGCGCCACGGCAGGAUGACAUGCUUUUCUACGUGCGCCGGAAGCUGGCGUUCGCUGGCAGUGAGAGCGGCGCUGAUGGGAGGAAGCUGACUGAGGCUGAGCCCCAGGUGGAGGUGGAGGUGUACCGGCGGGACUCCAAGAAGCUGCCAGGCCUCGGAGACCCUGACAUUGACUGGGAGGAGAGUGUCUGCCUGAACCUCAUCCUGCAGAAGCUGGACUACAUGGUGACAUGUGCCGUGUGCACGCGUGCCGAUGGGGGGGACAUCCACAUCCAUAAAAAGAAAUCCCAGCAAGUGUUUGCGUCCCCCAGUAAACACCCGAUGGACAGCAAAGGGGAGGAGUCCAAGAUCAGCUAUCCUAACAUCUUCUUCAUGAUUGACAGCUUCGAGGAGGUGUUCAGUGACAUGACUGUGGGGGAAGGAGAGAUGGUCUGUGUGGAGCUGGUGGCCAGUGACAAAACCAACACGUUCCAAGGCGUCAUCUUCCAGGGCUCCAUCCGCUACGAGGCGCUCAAGAAGGUGUAUGACAACCGAGUGAGCGUGGCCGCCCGCAUGGCACAGAAGAUGUCAUUCGGUUUCUACAAGUUCAACAACAUGGAGUUUGUGCGCAUGAAGGGGCCACAGGGCAAGGGCCACGCAGAGAUGGCGGUCAGCCGCGUGCCCACUGGCGACACGUCCCCCUGCGGGACUGAGGAGGACUCCAACCCGGCUUCACCCAUGCACGAGCGGGUGACCUCCUUCAGCACCCCCCCAACCCCAGAGCGGAACAACCGGCCCACCUUCUUCUCCCCGUCCCUCAAGAGGAAGGUACCCCGGAACCGGAUCGCCGAGAUGAAGAAGUCGCAUUCAGCCAACGACAGCGAGGAGUUCUUCCGGGAGGAUGAUGGCGGAGCCGAUCUGCACAAUGCCACCAACCUGCGGUCUCGGUCCCUGUCUGGCACGGGGCGGUCCCUGGUCGGGUCCUGGCUGAAGCUGAACCGAGCAGAUGGAAAUUUCCUUCUCUAUGCACAUUUAACCUACGUCACUUUGCCGCUGCAUCGGAUCUUAACAGACAUCCUGGAAGUACGGCAGAAGCCCAUCCUGAUGACCUAGCCGUGUGCGGAGCCCGCACGGAGCCCCCAGCCCUGCCCGGCCCUGGGAGUGCUGCCAAGUGCCUACCUGUCCACCGCCACCGGGGUCUUCUGUGACAACCCAGCGCCGGAGCCAAAGCCAGGCGGGGCCACUCGACCCCCGGGGCCAGGGCCGACUCCAGGAACACCAGCCCAAACUGAAGUGCCUCUUCCUCCUCUCCCGCUGGCUCUGCUCCUGCCCUGUGCCCACCCCCCCGUCAGCCCCAGCCCGCCUCCGGAGAGCCUGCUGCACCGGAGAGGACCAGAGGCACCAAGAGGCCAGAAGAGCAGAGCCGCAAGCCGGCGUCGAGCGUCCAGACCGAGCGCCCCAACGUGCACGUCGCGACAGAGCGGGCGGAGACCGCCCCGCGGGGCGCUCAGCGGGCCUUGCUGGCCGCACUUCCUAAGGAAAGUGGCGUAAGAUUCUGUAGUGCUGUGUGGUGAGCUUCCACGCCGGGCUGUCCCGACGCGUGCGUUCUCCCUAGCUUACACUUGGUUCGAGUGGGUUACCAUGGGCAGGUGGGGAACAUAGCUGUCUGAUGGUUUUGCCCUGGGCUGUGAACACCUCACCCCACACCCAGUUCCAGAAAGGCCUCGAGCUGAGCAGACAGGCCCUGAUCCCCCCAGAAUGGCCUUUGCUUCCAGCCAAAGAGUACCGCCCACACACACACCUCCCGCUGGAGACCCCGCUCUGUGCCUGGCUGGCGUGACCUGUGGACUGAGGGCAGGUGGGAGGGCUCGGGAGCCAGACAGGAGCAGAGGGGGGUCUCGGUCCUGGGGGCCAGGGCGGGGGCAGGCUGCUCGGUCUCCGGUUCCCUAGCGCUUCCUUCCUUCGCCUCAGUGCUGGUCGCAUUUCUCAGACCAGAUCACUGGGGAAAAGGGGGAGUGGCUUCCCCCACCGGUGUGGCCGGCGUGUGCGUGGCCGUCCAGCCCCGGGCCUGCCUGCGGCCUCGCUCCGGCCUGAAGGCUUGCCACCUGUGAUGACGCGUGUUCCCAGAGCCACGACCCUUGUCAAGAGUGGAAACGUUUCUCCUUGCCCGCUGGGAAUGAACUGUCUGCUGGGUCCCUGUGGCUAUGUGGCUGUGUGUGAAGUCCCCAGGAAUAUUUGAGGGGUUCCUGCUGUGUGUUUAGAGAGCCUCUGGGGAGAGAAAAGGAAUCCGAGGGGCCUGCUCUCCAUCUGUUUUAAUUCUAUGCUCCAAGGGUUUGCGCUGGGCUCCGGAACGGGAGGGACUCCUUGGGGCUUUCCCUAGAUUUUGUAUGCUGUUAUUAAAAGCGAGCUAUUGCAUUUCAUUCUGCCUCAGUUUGCCCACCUGUAAAACGGGGCUGAUACCACCUACCUCACUGAAGUCUCCAGGGUUCCAGUACACGACUGGGUCAGGGCGCCACUACUGUGCACCGCUCCCUUCAGGGGUCCUUACCUCCCCCUCCCCUUGCCCUUCUAACCAUCUAGUCCAAGAAGAUGUGUGGUGGGAUGCGGGUAGAACAUUCUCAGAUUCUCUGACAGCGCCCAGCUCGUGCUCGGCGGCUCCAAAGCAGCGUCCUAGGGCAGCAAAGUGAGGCCUUGCUGCCCAGUGCAGGAGCCGAGCGAGCCUCAGGCAGCAGUGAGCGUGGCCCAGCCUCCCAAGAUACCGCUGGAGUCUUCUCCAGGGGAGCCGAGCUUGGCCCCCGCGUUUGUGUCCAAGGUGGCUAACAUACAGCUAUUUGUUCAGGAACGCUUUCUUCCCUGGGCUGGAGACUCUGAACUCAGCUCUUGGAAAAAAUACCAUCUUGAUGUGGCUUUCAUGGAAGGAUGAGGUGGUUCACCUGUAGAAAAGAGUGAGUGGUGAAGAGCUUGAGAAGGUUCCACUGGAGCCUGAAACCGGCCCGGCGCUGAGGCUCAGCCAUGACUCCUGGGGGCCCUGGGCAAGUCAGGCUCCUAUAAACCGCAAACCUACAUGCUGUCUGCCUCGCAGGGUGUCCGAGGGCCAGUUGCAGUGAUGUGAAAAUGCUCUGCACGUGGGGUUUUUCAAGCUGACACCUCAUUUUUGAAGUAUGUGGACAGGUGCACACGGUGGUUUGGAUGCUCUGUAUCCAACACUUAGGUAGUACCCAGCACCAGCAAGCACCUGCUCAACAUUUAGGUACCAUCAUCCCCGUCUUACAGAUGAAACAGCCAGAGAGGUUAAGUGAACUGCCCAAGACCACACAGCAAGAAGUGAGGACAGGAGGCCCACCCAGGCAUUCAGCCCCAAUGGACACUGAGCCUUGACACUGCUGCUCGGCCUUUCUGUCCUUCGAUCAUCCAAAGGGCACUUCUGAUACUGAAUUUAAAAUGUGCUCAGAGAUGCUGGUAAAGAGGCAGUAAGCUGGUACUCUGAGGUUGGCUGGUUCUAAGUGACAAAUGACAUCAGUAACAAAGUAAUAGAGUAACAAGUGACAGGACCAGAACUAGCGCCCCCACGUCCUGGUGGGUCCUGCUGUUGGUGCAGUUUUACUUUCUGUAAGGACACCUUUAAUUUUGGGGGAAUGGGAACAUGCCUGUCUCUUGUAUGAGCAAAGCGUGCAUACAUUUCUGAAAUGGGAAUUGGAGUUACAGUGUUCCUUUGAAGAAACCUAGGUGUCACUUUUUAAACUUUAACAUUAAUAAGAAAGUUGUUAUUAUUAUUACUAUUAUUAUUUUCCCCUUUUAAAAAAAUGUCACGGUCCUGGAGUCUGGUAGAUAACACAGCGCCUCCAUUUACAUCUUCCAGCCCCUGAAGGUUCAAGUAGCACUCGCCUACAUUUGGUGUCCUGUGGGAAACAUUCCCUCUUGCCUGUAAAAACAGCCAAGACUCCUUAGUUCAAAAGAAAAUAAUAAAACAUAAAGAUCGAGAAAAAGAAGAAAACGAAACGAAAAUAUCCUCUAGCCCAGUCCACUUGGAAAUAGGGUGCAUUUUAUGAUGAGACAGGUCCACGCUGACAUUUGAAGUUUUGAAGAACUGAGCAGAUCCUCAGAAAUCAAUUCGGUUUCUGUAUGGACUAAAAGGGAGGAAAGACUUAAAGGCAUGUUCCUAAUGUGAUUUUUUUUUUUCAAAGAAUCUGGCUAGAAUCAAACCAGGAUCUAUUUUUGCUUUUUAAAUCAUAAAUAGUAGACAUUUGAAGAAUGAAAUAAAGUUUUGUUUUUCCAUUAAAAGACAUUCCAGGGGGCAACUGUAUGUCUAUGCAGUUGGUAUAGUCUAAUGACUGGCAUUUGAAAAAUAUAUGUGACAUUGUCAUAUGAUGGUUUUGAAUCACUGGCCAAAAUUCCUUAAAGCUUACAUAUUACAAAUCUGCCAACUUUUUUAAUCAUAGGUUUCACUCCUACAUAUAGUCUGUUCAGUUUUCCAGUUUAGUUGGAAUUUAGUUUUUUAUUGUUUCAGAAAGCAAAUCUCUUUUGACAUUACGUUGAUUCUUCCUGUUCAGGCUUCCUCUCAUCUUUGUAUCAGAACACAGAAUUACUUCUCUUUUAAAAAGAACCACCCGAGCAGGACAGAUUCUGAAAUAUGAAAAUGCCAAGUGCUGGCUGAUGUCUGGCCCUUGGGCUUGAACGAAGCAGCCUUUCGCGGCGUCGGCAACUGGCCUUCCUGGAAGCGCCGCUGUAAGGGCCAGCGUUCCGCCCAUCCCUCUCGGGAGGUGACCUGUGCGAGUCAUGAUGGGUGCACGCUGGGGCUCCUUUUUCCUUUUCACCCAUUGACUGGGCAUUGACAAGAUCCUCAGUGGAAACCAAUCCUCCCGCCCGAUGUCUGAUCCCCGGGACUCCUGAAACACCACACACACAAGCCAGCUCACUUGAACACCGUGUGGCCUGGGGGCUGGGCUCGGAGUUCCACAGCAGGUAGAACCUCCGAAGGAAGGCGAGGCCGGACGCAGCGAGUUUGUUUACAGUUUUCUCUCCCUCCCCAGGCAAGCAGGUCUUUUCCUGGUCUGGUUCCAGUCUCUGGGCUCAGCAGAUCAAACAGCAGCUGGAGGUGCCCGUGUUUCUCAGCGUUGUGGUUCUCUGGGUCCCUGCUUCACAGGUCGGGCGAUUUAGGUGUAAUCUUUUAGGGUUUCCAAGCAAAUUCUGUGUGUGAGGAUACUUAAACCUGCCAAGAAAACCUGUUGAGAUUUUUCACUACUUUGAGGCAUACCUAAAGUGACUUCUACAAAAUAUAUUUUGGCAAAAGCACCUGAUGGCAUACGUAGACUAUUGGGUUGUCGGAAAAGUCUUGACGCAUUUUUGCAACGAAAAACAGAAAAAAACACCUCAUGACUUUUCCGACAGCCCAAUAUAUUGGGAUCAGAUGUUUCCAUCAACACUGGCAGCUCCUGCAGUAGCCGCCUCCCAUCUCCAGCAGAAACCAUUUCUAAGCGGUGUUUGUGGUUGGCUGUUAGCUGUGCUUCAUGAUUUUGCAUUUCUAUUGAAAGAUGAUUUGCAUGUUGGCUAUUACAUUUCUGUUUCCUCUGUGUUUUCUUCUAAUGACUGUACUCAGUUUUUUUUUCCCUCUUAUAGGGUAUUUCAGAUUAAACACAGAUCUUACAGCAA